AUGGAACGCGGCGGACCCGGCCGCACGAGGUCCCCCGGCCCUGGGCUCUUCCCCAAGGGCCCCAGCUUCAACAUCGACGAUUUCUCCAGCAAAGACUUUAUUGUCCGCGACUUUGUCGACUCCCUCUCCGAUACUGCCUUCCCCGCCAACCGCCGCUCCGGCCUAGCGAGCGCGAGCACCCCCUUUGAUCCCAAGCCCCUCAUCCGGACCUUCGAGAAUGCGCUGUCGCAGCUGGGCGCCCUGAGCGAGGAGCUGCAAGAAAAGGAAUCGGAGCUCUUAUCGCAGGUUCGACGAGCAGAGAUCCAACAUGACCAGACUCUCGACACCCUUGGUCGGAAGCUGGACCAGUCCAUGGCCCAGUUCGAGGCCCUCGACUUGACCCUCAACAACCCCAGCACACACAGCGGCUCCAUGAACGGACACGCCCGAUCUGAUGGCGGAGGAAACAUUGCUGUCCAGAUCGGAGAGAAACUGGAGGAGCUGGAUAGGAAACGGAGGAAGGCGCAGGACGCCAACUUCCUGAUUCAGUGCUGGACAGAGGUUUCCGAGACAGGCCAACUUACCUCGCUCGAGGAGAUUCAGAGACAGGGCGGUGCCGAGAACAAGGUUCGUUGCGCCGUCAUUGCUCGCCAGCUCAUGCGCAUCAGUCAAAGACUAGACCCUUUGUCAUGGGCAACAGGUGGAUUCCGUGCCAACGGUAUCACCAACGGCACUACGGGUGCGACGCGGAAGCACAACACCAGGGAAGCUCUCGAGAAGUUCUGCGAGCAUCUCGAGCAAGACCUUCUGAAGCAGUUCAACAACAGUUACCGACGGCAAAACUUCGACGACAUGAUGGAAUGCGCAAAGGUCCUCUACGAUUUUCACGGCGGUGCCAGCGUUAUUGCCGCCUUUGUGAACCAGCACCAGUUCUUUAUCGACCGAGACCAGCUCAUCACCGACGAGGUUACGACCGAUGGCGAGAUGUGGGAGCAACUGGCUGACCCUGAUUCCGACCCACCAGGUGUCGAGCCCAGUCUUCAAUCCCUCGUUGAUGAGGUCAAGAUCGUGAUGCAGGAGGAGUCUUUUAUCAUUAAGCGUGCCUUCCCAUACUACGAGACAGUGCUCAUCAAGUUUAUCCAGCGUGUCUUCCAGCAGUCUAUCCAGCAACGACUGGAAAUGCUCCUGGACAAAGCGACAACAAUUUCUUCACUGGCCUACCUGCGCUCCUUGCAUGCGUCAAGAUCCUACAUUGGUGCCUUGGUUGAAGAUCUCAAGACUCAUGGUCUCACAGAGCACCCAGAACCUUGCUCGGCGCAGAUAUCACAAACGCUUGAUCAGCAACUAGAGGAAUUAUUCAUCCCCUAUUUACUUCAAAACUCAUAUAUCGACAGGGAAAGGAAGAGUCUGGAGGAAUUAUACAACUCAUUGCUCUUCAAGUUCACCCUGUACCAUUCACGCAGGAAGAAGGCUCCGUCCGGCUUUAUGGCUGCGAUCACUCAAUCGGGCACCCAGCUUUUGGCAUCCGCUAAAGACGCCUACAUGGAGCGUCUUGAUUCUUCGGACCUCACGCCCACCCAGAAGCGUAUGAUGUUGAGGGUUGCCGGUCUGCAAGAUAACAGCAGCAACAAGAACGAGAUCGAAGUCUCAGAGGAACACGGCCGCCUGAGCGUACAGAACGCCAAGCGCAUGAUUGCCUGGUUGGCCGAAAGCGUGCGUAGAACGCUCGAGAUGGGUUCAGGAAGCGAAACCCCCAAGGACAUCAACGUCUUGCUCAACCUCCUUCUCACCAGCAUGGGCCACCUCUACGUUGAGACUGCCCUCGAUGCCGCCCUGGACAUGGCCACGUCGCAGGAGAGCAUCAAGACGGAACCUGACCUCUCCUACCUCCCUCACAUCAAGCCGGCCGUCACCAUCACAAACCUCAUGUCGCGCUUCAUCACUACGGUGCUGAUCCGGCUUGCCGAGUCCAACACGGCCUUGCGCCGCAGCAUGGAGGCCCAAGCCAAGCAAGCCAUCGAAGCCACGGAGCGGAAGACCAACGCCGUCCUCAAGAGCACCAUGGACGUGGCCGUCAACUGGGUCGCCAAAAUCCUGGCGGGCCAGAAAAAGACGGAUUACCGGCCCCGCGACAACGACCUCGAAGGCUUCGUCGACCUUCAGACGCCCACAUGCCAGGCCAUCUGCACCUUCUUGGCUUCCAAGGUGGCGAUGCAGGCGGCGCUGGCUAUCGACGGUCACAACCUCGAGCUGUUCAGCUCAGAGCUUGCUCUGGCCGUUCACUCGCUCCUGUUUGAGCACUUCAAGAAGUUCUCGGUCAACGCUACCGGUGGCUUGAUGGUGACCAAGGAUAUCGCCAAGUAUGUGUCGACGAUGAAGGAGUGGCCCUUGACCAAGGAGGUGCAAGCUAUUGUCGAGCUGCUUACCGAGGUUGGCUAUCUGUUCAUUAUUGGACCCGAAGCCCUUCGCGAGCGAUCCAAGUUUUUGUCUACGGGUAGCGGUGCUGGUGGAGGUGGUGGUAACGGUGCCGUCGGAGGUGCAGCGGGCGGUGGUGGGUCGGGCAAGAAGUUGCAAAAGGCGGAUUUCAAGGCCUUUGUGCAGAAGAGAGAGGAUGCCGCUACUCCUGGUAUUCAGGGUGUGCUCGCUGGGCUGUGA